AUGGUGCAGCAGGCGGAGAGCUUGGAAGCGGAGAGCAACCUGCCCCGGGAGGCGCUGGACACGGAAGAGGGCGAAUUCAUGGCGUGCAGCCCGGUGGCCCUGGACGAGAGCGACCCGGACUGGUGCAAGACAGCGUCCGGCCACAUCAAGCGGCCGAUGAACGCGUUCAUGGUGUGGUCCAAGAUCGAGCGCCGGAAGAUCAUGGAGCAGUCCCCGGACAUGCACAACGCCGAGAUCUCCAAGAGGCUGGGCAAGCGGUGGAAAAUGCUCAAGGACAGCGAGAAGAUCCCGUUCAUCCGGGAGGCGGAGCGGCUGCGGCUCAAGCACAUGGCCGACUACCCCGACUACAAGUACCGGCCCCGGAAAAAGCCCAAGAUGGACCCCUCGGCCAAGCCCAGCGCCGGCCAGAGCCCGGAGAAGAGCGCGGCUGGCGGCGGUGGCGGCGGCGCGGGCGCGGGCGGCGCCAAGACCUCCAAGAGCUCCAGCAAGAAGUGCGGGAAGCUCAAGGCGCCCGCGGCCGCCGGCGCCAGGGCCGGGGCGGGCAAGGCGGCGGCGCAGCCCGGGGACUUCGGGGCGGCGGCGGCGGCGGGCGACGAGGGCGCGCUGGGCGGCCUGCGCGCGGGCGGCGGCGGCGGCGCGAGCGGCAAGACGACGGUCAAGUGCGUGUUCCUGGACGAGGACGACGAUGAGGACGAGGAGGACGACGAGCUGCAGCUAAGGAUCAAGCAGGAGGCGGACGACGAGGACGAGGAGCCGCCGCACGCGCAGCUCCUGCAGCCCGCCGCGGGCCAGGCGGCCCCGCCGCUGCUCAGACGCUACAACGUGGCCAAGGUGCCGGCCAGCCCCACGCUGAGCAGCUCGGCCGAGUCUCCCGAGGGCGCCAGCCUCUACGAGGAGGUGCGGGCGGGCGCGCCCUCGGGCUCCGGGGCCGGCAGCCGCCUCUACUACAGCUUCAAGAACAUCACCAAGCAGCACCCGCCGGCGCUGGCGCAGCCCUCUCUGUCGCCCGCGUCCUCGCGCUCCGUCUCCACCUCCUCGGGCGCGGGCGGCGGCGGCGGCGAGGACGCCGACGACCUGAUGUUCGACCUGAGCUUGAAUUUCUCCCAAAGCGCGCACGGCGCGAGCGAGCAGCCGUUGGGGGCCGGCGCGGCGGCCGCGGCGGCGGCGGCCGGGAACCUGUCCCUGUCGCUGGUCGAUAAAGAUUUGGAUUCGUUCAGCGAGGGCAGCCUGGGCUCCCACUUCGAGUUCCCCGAUUACUGCACGCCCGAGCUGAGCGAGAUGAUCGCGGGGGACUGGCUGGAGGCGAACUUCUCCGACCUGGUGUUCACGUAUUGA